ACUAGCUACCAGCGUGGUGUAUACAUUUGCACGUGACUCCUUAAUUACGUUAGUAUUACAAGUUCUAUAAAUCGGUAGCUUUGCGGCGAGCAGACGCAGACAAUUGGAAUGAAGACACUAAUUGUAGGAAUUGGUGGGAUGACCAAUGGGGGAAAAACUACACUUGCCACAAGUCUGCAAGAGCAAAUACCCAACAGCUGCAUCAUUGCACAGGAUUCAUAUUUUAAGGAUGACUCUGAGGUGCCGAUGGACAGCAAUGGGUUCAAGCAAUAUGACAUCCUCGAGGCUAUGCACAUGCAGAUGAUGAUGAGGGACGUUGACUCCUGGCGAAGAGAUCCCGAGUCGUUCCUCAGACAGCAAGGCCUGGAGACCCAGCUUAUAGAACCAUCAGUCUAUAAUCAGGUGUUCGUGCUCAUAGUGGAAGGCUUCCUCAUUUUCAACUACAGGCCUCUGGAUGAACUGUUUGACAAAAAAUAUUUUAUGGAAAUACCUUAUGAUGCCUGCAAGAGGAGACGAAGUUUAAGAGUGUACACACCUCCUGAUCCUCCCGGCUAUUUCGACGGAUACGUGUGGCCAAUGUACCUGAAAAACCGAGAAGAGAUCGAGAGCGACACAUCAGAAUUUGUAUUUCUGGAUGGUUUGAAGCCAAAAGAAGAGCUGCUGGCAGCUGUGUAUAAAGAUAUUUGUCAGGAAAUACAAAGACUCAGAGAGAAAAACUGAAUUGACCAGAGUAUUAUUUAUUUGCCAUUUGAAGAUGAAGAUCACUGCUCCCAUGGAUGUUAGGACCACUAUCAAUUAGACUAAUGUGUGACUGAAAGGACCAAAUUAAGCUGUGCGAAUAUCCUGGAAUAAACGAGCUGUAGCAUCUGAAGUUAUCUGCCUGAAGACUGAAGCAAAUGUCUUUACCUCUUUACCAUAAAUGUACAGUAUUUUGAAAAGACAAACACUGUGGGACAUAUAAAUGUGAUGUUUGAGGACUUGCAGUUUACUAAUCCAAUAAUCGUAUCGGUAUGUGUAAGCUUAAGUUUGGUUUUAACUCCAUUUUCUUACUCGAUCUCUGCAUCCUGUGAGGAAAUUUUUAAAGUUUGUUUUUUCUAAUAUGUUCUGUAAAAUAAAUUGUUAUGUGUACAUCCAUUAAAGCAGCUUAACAGAAACACUAAA